AGUUAAGUCAGUUAAGUCUGUGCAUGCGUGUGUAAACUUCAUCGUUUUUGACAAAAGACCGGCCGGCGCUCCCUCUUCUAGGUUCCUGGAGGAGUUUCCUCCACAGUGCGGGGCAGCAUUGCUGAAACCACUUGGUGGUGAAGUGGUGUUACCCUUCAGUUUAAAUCUCCUGAGGGAAACGCAUCAGAUUUAUCUUUUGUGGUCAAGAUGGCAAAACUGGUUGUUUUGCUUUUAUGCUGCAUGCUCGUCAGUUUGGUGUUUGGGCAGCACGCGCGGGACCGAGUCGUCCCGUGGACGCAGAGGAUCCAGUGGGAGAAUAACGGGCAUGUUUACAGCUUACUGAGCACGGGAACUGAGUACCACUCACCCUUACACUCUAGGAGGGAUUCCCGGGUGUACCUGAGCAGCCGAAGCCAGGCGGCCAGUCCCGUUCCUCCUGGAGAAGCUUUCGCUCACUACCGCGUAACGACGUCGCACUCAGGUUCCAGCGGAUCGGCGUCCACGGUCAUGGGACCGGACGGCAGACACUACAUCCUGGCGAGCGGACGUGCCACGGGUGCUAGGCUCGCGCAUCUGGUCGCACCGUUACGUCAAGGACCUGCAGGGGCACCAGGCGCAAGACGAUACGCCACCGCGACCACAAACAAUACAAAUAUACCGUUCUUAACAGAAUUCUCGGGUAGCGGCGUCCCCAGAAGACCAACCUCGACCACGGAUGUUGAUCAUAGCGCCAACCGGGUGGCCGGGCCGCUUAGUACAGACAUUCAAGAGCUGCACCCUGAAAGCGCAGUGCGCACAAACUUGGAGAGCACGCGUAUGGAGAGCGUGAACGCGCACCAAUCCUAUCCAUAUCCUACAAUCACUGGGGAGGAGAGCGUGGGUGAUGUUGCCGCUACAGCACCUGGUCCACUCGGAACCAGCGAGGAAGAAGCGACACCCGACAACAUGGUCGGUGACGACCCACGAAACCCACUGAAAAACCACAGGAAUACCGUUUUCUAUAACGUGUAUCCAUCCGGCAGACGGGCUGGAACUGCGCGCACGCGCCGUCCCCCGCCUGGAACCGGUUACGGCACGAGAUAUUUCCACAACGGUCUCCCAGAUCUCGUGCCAGAUCCGUACUCCAUUCAGUCUGGCACCUAUAUACAGCGCAUGCAGAUGUAUGCGCUCCGGUGCGCAGCUGAAGAGAACUGUCUCGCGCGGUCAGCUUAUAGACCAACAGUUAGGGACCUUGACUACAGGGUUCUGCUACGUUUCCCUCAGAAGGUCCAAAACCUCGGCACAGCAGACUUUCUUCCUGUAAAACCCAGACACCAAUGGGAAUGGCACAGCUGUCAUCAGCAUUACCACAGCAUGGAUGCGUUCAGUCUUUAUGAUCUGUUGGACAUAAACACUGGCCGUAAGGUGGCAGAGGGACACAAAGCCAGCUUCUGUCUGGAGGACACUGGCUGUAACCCAGGCUUCCGUCGUCGCUACGCUUGCACUGCACACACGCAGGGUUUGAGCCCUGGGUGCCACGACACCUACGCUGCUAACAUUGAUUGCCAGUGGAUCGACAUCACGGAUGUUCCUCCGGGUAACUACAUCCUUAAGAUCACAGUUAACCCAAACUAUCUGGUUCCUGAGUCUGAUUUCUCUAACAAUGUGGUGCGCUGUGAGGUUUUCUACAGCGGUCAUCAAGUCCAGACUCGACACUGCAGGAUAACCAGGAACUAAAAUCUUGGACAAAUAUUUUCCUUCAUAUUUCUCCUUAUUUUGUAAGCUGGACAUCUAAGUCAUUCCUUUCAUUAGAGCAUUCAACAAAAACUUGAAAUAUUGCUGGAAUAACAUGUUAUACUAGUUGUACUGUAUGUUUGUUAUUUGCUUUCAAUUUUUUUUUUCAUUUGUAGUUUAAUAGACUAUUGAUUGCAGUAUUAGAAUUUAAAAAAAUGGCAUUUUUCUAUUACCUUUUAUUUAUAUCCUGUUGUUAUGAAUAUGUACUUUGUGUUAUUUGAUGUGUAUAGACAAUUGCUUUUAAAUUCUUUGUAUUUAUUACACAUGAAUCUGUAAAGGUUUGGUGUUCUUCCAUUUUAUUUUAUUUCAUUUUAAGACCUGAGUAUUUUUUUUCUACUUGUGUUUAAUUUCGGUGACUCCAGUGUAGACCACUAGAAAGGGUAACUACAUGAAGUAUUUCAUUCAUGCUGUGUAAGAAUGUGAGGCAGCAUCCAAAAAAGAAAAAAAAACCCAACAACAACCAUGUAGUCUGACUGCGUGUAAUUUCCCAAUGCUUUCAUUAUUACUAGAGACAUUCCAUGGCUGAGGCCGUUUCCCUGAUACACAAUAAACAUUACAGACUCUAA